UACAAAUGGGGGACAGACCAACAUUCGGUAGUAUGGGCUCGAUGUCGAAAGCUAUACGGAAUCCGUUGAUUCUCGAGCUCAUUCUCACCCAACUUCAUACGACCGAUUUGAGGACGGCACGCCUCGUAUGCCGAAAUUGGGCCGGGAUCGGGGGCAGUUUGUUAGGAAAGCGAACCCGGCUCUCUGUCAGCAAACUUUUCCACUGGGAUGGUUCAAAAUUGUGUCUGACCCCCGUGUCUGCACAUCUUAUGCGACGAAUCUCCAUCUCGGAUUCAAGCCCCUCCAUUCCCACCAGAAAGAAGUCCAGCAUUGUCACUAAAGUUUUCAAAGAUCUGGCCCAGAUGUUACAAUUUACCCGCGAAGUUGACUUCCAUGUCGCUGACAGGAGAUCCCAGAACGCAUUUAUCGCAGGGUUGAGGAAAGUCAAGAACCCUGCGACCAGUAUCCAACACGUUUCGUUAUCUGUCGUUAACAAUUACAGGAGCAAGCCAUGUGUUCCACCAAUCUAUACUAAAAAACUCGCUGUUCUAGCUAACCUGACCUCCAUCACGUUCAGUUUCUGUGGCUACAUUAUACAAGAUAGUACCCAUGGAUUUCAUGGAUUUCAACCUUUCCUACAAAUCUUGAUAGAUUCGGCACCUAAAUUGACCUCUUUAAAAGCCAGCUCGCCUUUCUACCCGAGUUUGGACGGAUGCAAAAAUCUAAAAGUUAUUCGGUUGGAAAACUUCAACCCUUCUAAAAAUCCAUGUGUCGACUUGGUGGCUGCGAUCAAAAUGCUGGCGCAGGUGAAGAAUUCUUUGGUUCAGAUUGAACUAAGUGCCGCGGAUGGGGAUACAAAAAUUGACAUAUCACAGAACUCGAGGCUGGACCUUCCCAUUAUGUCGAAACUUGUCUCUCUCAACAUCCGUCCAGCAAAAGGGUAUUUGUUUGAAAACUUUUUCAACGAGGACCACCUCCCAGCACUGAAAACCGUACAUAUCGUCGUCAAAUGUGAGUUUGAGAGGUUGAAUUUGCCGCCUUAUCUUAAUCUCUGGAAGCGACAUCGAGAAGUUACUUAUCUCAGACUAGAAUUUGAUUGAAUUUGGCUGGCGGAUUUAAUCACAAUCGGUGAACCGAUAGUUCAACUAUUUCCAUUUGUGAAGAAAUUUGAGCUAACGGUAUGGCUUGGAAGGAACAAUGCCAUCCAGAAGAUUGAUCAAAUGCUAUUACCGUACCAAAACUGGGAUAUAGAAGAGGUCACCUUUACCGGUGUGGGUGUUACGGCUGCGUCCGUGUUAGUUGCCGUCGUAAAAAACAUGGCGCUUUUAAAUGGUGCUCGAGAUGUACAUUUCAGAGACACUUGCGUCGAGCAUGAUGAUUUUGCGGGAUCCUUUCAAGAUCUUAUCUUACAGAGUGAAGGAUUUAAAAGUGUGAAAAUCUGCGGCGUGUAUAAGCGUGUGGUGCGGGAAAUUCGGGAAGCAUUUCAAGCAUUUAUUGAAAGCAGCGGGGUUCCAAUUUAUAUGCAAGAGAAGUGUCAUUCCCAUUCCUAAAUUGGCCAAG